AUGUCGUUCAAGUCAGAAGCUAUCGUCGCCAGAGGCCCUUUCUCUGAGGGGAAAUGGGCCAUCGAACCAGUUACUCUUCGGGAUCUGCGCUCAGAUGAGGUUCUUGUUGAGAUUGUUGCUUCGGGCAUCUGCCAUACAGACUUACACUGUGGUAACACGCCUGACGACAAGGGGGUUCCCGGAGUCUACUACCCUCGAGUCCUAGGACAUGAAGGUUCUGGAUAUGUGGUCAAGGUUGGAGACGGCGUGGCAAAGGUCAAGCCCGGCGAUGCCGUCUUUCUGUCAUUCUCAUACUGCGGAGAGUGCCACGUUUGCAAGACAGGGCCACCAUCCCACUGCACCAACUCCUUUCAGAUCAAUUUCAUGGGAGAAUCAGUCUUCUCAGACGGAAUAGGCGGACGCUUCUUUGGCCAGUCCAGCUUGGCCCACCAUACAGUUGUCAGCGACAAGUCGGUUGUGAACGCUGCCAGCCUCGGAUUGACUCGGGACGACCUGAGAAUACUCGCACCGCUUGGGUGCGGUCUCCAGACAGGCAGCGGAACUGUCAUCAACGUCGCCAAGGCCGGUCCGGACGACUGCAUCGCUAUCGCGGGUAUGGGAGGCGUAGGCUUGGCAGCAGUCAUUGCAGCAAAGAACCAAGGGUGCAAGGCCAUCAUCGGAAUCGACCGAGUCGAGUCUCGCCUCGAGCUGGCCAAGACACUCGGAGCUACGCACAUCAUCAACACGACCGGGCUGGAAAUGGCCCAGGUGACGGAGAAAAUCAAAGAAGCUGCUGAAGGGCUUGGUGCAACCAUUUGCAUCGACACCAGCGCGUUCCCACCACUGCUUGAUGCCCAAGUUCAAGGAACGAGGUACAUGGGGAAGAUCAUUCAGGUUGGCACCGGAAUGCCGGAGUCACAUCUGUCACUUCACAUGCAGAGUUUCAUGGUCAGCGGAAAGCAGUAUUUCGGAGCUGUUCAGGGGCAUGUCAAUACUGCCGAGUACGUCCCUCAGAUGGUACAAUGGUGGAGAGAGGGGAAGUUCCCGGUUGAAAAACUGAUCAAAGUCUUUGAACACGGCGAUUUUGCAUCAGCCGUAGAAGCGAUGAAGCGCGGCGAUGUUGUCAAGCCGAUUAUUGCCUGGUCAUGA